AUGGCUAAAAGAGCUGCUUCCUCAGGUGGAGGGUCUGUUAAAAAGAAACAAAGACAUCUGGUCUCAACUUUGAAUAAACAUUAUCGACUAAUUAAUAGCCAGGAUGAUUAUAAAGAUCUUUAUAUUUCGGAGAAACCUUUAGAUGUGUUUACUUGGGGUACCGGGUCUAUGUGUGAACUUGGUUUAGGUCCAUUGGCCAAGAAUAAAGAAGUCAAAAGGCCCAGAUUAAAUCCGUAUUUGGCUCGCGAUGAAGUAAGAAUAGUUUCAAUUACUGCAGGGGGGAUGCACUCCUUGGCGCUAGACAAGGACAACAAUAUUUGGUCUUGGGGUACAAAUGAUUCUGGUGCGCUUGGUAGAGAUACUAGCGGCGCGAAAGAACAAUUGAAGGAUAUGGAUGGCAAUGACAGCAGCGAUGACGAAGAUGGUGAUUUGAAUGAAUUGGAAUCUACGCCAAUGAAGUUGCCUAGGAAGUUACUGCCAUUGGAUAAAAUUCAUGUAAGGCAGUUGGCAGCAACUGACAAUAUGUCCUGCGUGUUGUUUGAAAAUGGGGACGUAUACGCGUGGGGUACUUUCCGUUGUAAUGAGGGGGUCCUAGGAUUUUAUAAAGAUACCAUUAAGCUACAAGAUAAACCUUGGAAACUACCAACAUUUUCAACGGCCAAGAUUGUCCAAAUUGCAGCCGGUAAAGACCAUGUUUUGUUUUUGGACGAAAAAGGAGUUGUAUUUGCUUGGGGAAACGGCCAGCAGAAUCAAUUGGGUAGGAAAAUUAUGGAGCGCUCGAGGCUAAAAACGUUAGAACCAAGACCAUUUGGAUUAGAUGGAGUAAAAUAUAUAGCUUCCGGUGAAAACCACUCUUUUGCGCUUACUGAAGAUGGUAAACUUUUCGCAUGGGGCUUAAAUCAAUUUGGUCAGUGUGGUGUUUCUUCUCAAAUCGAAGACGGAGGUGUAGUAGCCAUACCAACAGAGGUUAACCUCCCAAACAAAGUACAGAUCAGUUCGGUAUGUGCAGGUGAACAUCAUUCGUUAGUACUAACCAAGGACGGUGAUUUGUAUGCAUUCGGUAGACUAGACAUGUUUGAAGUUGGUAUUGGGAAAGAUAAUCUACCUGAAGAUACCUAUAGAGAUGCGCAUGGUAAACCUCGUGCUAUUCCUGUACCAACAAAAUUAAAAGAUGUUCCAAAAUUCCGUGCAAUCGCUGCAGGUUCUCAUCAUUCGUUAGCAAUCGCAAUAAACGGUAUUGUUUAUUCAUGGGGAUUUGGUGAAACAUAUGCAGUUGGCCUUGGGCCCUCUGGGGAUGACGUUGAAGUUCCUACGAGAAUCAAGAACACUGCAACCCAGGACCAUGAUAUACGUUUUAUAUGCUGUGGCGGCCAAUUUUCCAUGUCCGCUGGCGUUAAAUUAAGCGAUGAAGAUGCGGAAAAAAGGGCCGACGAAAUGGACGAUGAUUGA